CGCGAGUAUCGAUUAUCAGAAAUAUAUUUUGGGGGUAUCCUUGACAGACUGAGUGACAGCUUCCCCGGCACAACUGUGCUUUUCCCGUUUAAACUAGAUAACUAGCACCGAACGAUUGCAUGUCAAGUACGAAACUGCAGUUUUUGUCUAUCCCCUAUUUCCAAAAUCGAACAUUUUUUGUCGGCGUGAACAAGGUUUUCAGCACAGCAGUUCUUUUGUGUAGGCACUGCUCAUUCACUGCAGAUAAAUACGAAAUUGAUUUCCACACGUUUUUGAAAGACACUUUGAACUUGCCAAAGCAGUGAAACCUCUGCAUCGCGUGAGGUUUAGGAUAUUUACUGUAUGUGUAAAGGUAUGCACUUUUAAAUGCUCUCGAAGUCAUUGUCAGUAACACUGAACGUUGACCGUUACAGCAUUGAAAAUGUCAAUUCUGUUGGAAAUUUGAUAGCAAUGCUACUUGAAGGUAUGCUAGUUUUCAUUCAAAUUUCAUGGAUAAAUGUUAACCUUAGUAUCACGAGUAGAUAGUAGAUCAGAAACGAAUUAGCUACUCUCAGUAAAAUUCUAUCGCAAUACCCUUCGUUCUUGGCCAUGUCCGUCAUUGGAUCUCACCCGUUCCCACCAAGUUUUGCCAUAAUAGAUUGACGGAUAAAUCUUGCGAAUUAACUUUAAACUUAGUAGGAUGUUGGGUUCAAUAUGACCCAGACAGGCUCACUGAACGUGCACUAUGUCAUCGUGGUGCGUUUAGUGUAGCAUCUUAGAAGUAAGAUUAAGCCAUAUUGUAAGGGUUAAGCCAUAUUGUAAAAAAAAACAUCAAUCACGCUCUAAUUGAUGGAUGGCACUUCUCCGGCAUUGUUGUCGUCAGCCCUGCUAACAAAAGUAGCUGUAUUACAGCUUAUGGAGCAAACGUUUUUGGAGAUAGCCCUUUUAUACUCUUAUACAGUACUUUUUCGAUUAUAUCACGAGUGAAAAAAAUUUUCGCGUGAUAUAUUGGAGCGUGAUAUAAUUGAAACAUCUUUUUCCGAGGGCGUUUAUUAAUCAAAAUACACUUACACACAAAAACAUCAAACAAAAAACGCACAAAAUAUCAAACCCGGUAAUGGAAGUCUAAUAUUCUUGUAUGUAAUUAUUUUUUAAUGUCUCUGAAAUUAAAAUGGAGGUAUUAUUUGCACAUCUACACCAUAGUUUUUGAACUUCAUGCUUCCGCCGUCUCUGAAUUGGCGAUCAAAAACCUUAUUCACAAAGGCUAACUGGAGACCCCUGAUGGAAAAUGUAGCGCGUGGAAUUGACGCAUACAGACCGGACUUGAUGCAGAGCAAAGCAUGGGAAUGUAACUCUAGAUAAUCGAAUCCUGUGUCCGGUCUGUCAUCAAUGGCACCAUAAUCGUAUACUAAUGUGCAAAAUAUCUUACUUAUGACGAUCCGUAUAUCCUAUAUAGUUUGGAAUAUGUGCUUGGCGAUAUUUGUAUCGAUUAUCAUAGCGUGAAAUAAUCGAAAAAAAUAGCGUGCUAAAAUCGAGUGUGAUAUAAUGGAGCGUGAUUAAAGCCAAUAACAAAAACUUCUUGUGCAUUACCUACUACUUCUUGCCAUUACUCUAUCUGUUUGCAACUUUAAAAAAUGCUCUAUCAUCGAUGAAUGCUGCAACCAUCGAAGUCAACGAUACUUACCAGAAGCUGAUCGAGGACAUGAAGAGCGAGAUAAAAGACAGCCUGAUUGCCGAAAUCAGACAGGAGAUCAAAGGAGGGUUCAACAUGUUAUCUCCAGCAGUGCUAUCUCCUCAUCCUCGCUUCUUCAACUUUAAUAAUCAAAACCCACCGAAAAGAAGGCGUGACGACGAAGCUUCGACAUCCGACCAACCAUCAAAAAUUCUGCGUGGUGCUGGUCCAUCCAUAGCCAAAGUUGCAGCUACUCGUGUGGAUAGACCUGUAGACCAAUUUUGGGUAUAUCUUGGCAAAAUAUCACCCGAAGUUUCAGAGACUGACGUAGUGAAACUCGUUAAAGAUUGCCUCCAUACUGAUGAAAUUGCCGUUAAGUCGUUGAUACCGAGAGGCUGGUCUCUGUUGACCCUAUCUUUUAUUUCAUUCAAGGUAGGAGUCAGCCGUGAAUUGGAAACAAAAGCCAUGGAUCCUAUGUCGUGGCCUCAAGGGAUUGAAUUUCGAGAAUUUAUCGAGGAGGAAGGACGAAGGCCACAGAAUUUUUGGAAGCCGAUGCCGAGUGUAGAUUCGGGUCCGGUGCUCAGCUCGUAGAGCCCACCGCAGUUGAUUCAAUCAGUGCCUUCAAUAUGCUGCCACCUCAGUCUAAUCCCGCUCAACCUCGUGAACAAUUGACCGUAUACUUACUACCAAAACGUCCGGGGUUUGAGGACCAAAACAAGCACGCUUCUUCUUAAAUUGCCUUCCUGUGAUUUUGACGUUAUAGUGUUCACGGAGACGUGGCUUCACGCUGAUAUUGCGAAUGCUGAACUAGCAAGUAACUACACUAUUUACCGCUAUGACCGUAAUCCUCGAACUAGUCAGCUUCGGCGUGUUAAUUGCUGUAAAAUCGGAACUCAACUGUAAAGCUGUUCGUCUCGUAGACUGUGAGAGUCUCGAGCAAACUGCCGUGGAAAUAAUGCUCCCAUAUCAUUCCAUUUUCGUCUGUUCCGUCUAUAUCCGUCCUGUAAGCCAUCCUGACAACUAUACCAAGCACGCUGAAUCCGUACAACAGCUUCUUGACAUGGCAGCUCCUUGCGAUACGAUAAUCGUCAUGGGUGAUUACAACUUGCCUGAUCUAGUCUGGGAUUUUGAUGAGGACGUGAAUGGGUUCUUGCCAAUCAACGCGUCUACCGACCAAGAACUAGCCGUAGUUGAGUCUUUGCUCUCUAAAGGGCUCAAACAAAUCAACGAUCUGGUCAACGAGAACGGCAAGCUGCUCGACCUUGUUCUUGUGAGCGACGCGGACUCCAUGGUACUAUUUGAAUCACCGUCUGCUAUGCUGAAAGUCGACCCGCAUCAUAAGCCGCUGGUGUUGAGAUUUGACAUCCAAUCUGCUAAACAUUCAUCUUCGUCCAAUUCAACCCGCAGUGAGUAUAAUUUUGCAAGGUGUAAUUUCGACCUCGUGAACGCGAGAUUGGAUGCGUUGGAUUGGUCGCAGCUACUCGAUCUGCCAACUGUUGAUGCAGCCGUAUCCGCUUUUUAUGAUAACAUUUAUCAAGUAAUAGAUGCGACUGUUCCUCUGACCCGCAGACCUACCACAGUUUUCAAACAACCGUGGUGGACUCCGCAACUGCGCAACUUGCGUAACCGUCUGCGAAAACGAUAUUUUCGCUGCCAGUCUCCAGGAAACAAGUAUGCUGUUCAAAUUGCAGAAGCUGAAUACGAAAGCCUAUGUGAAGUUCAGUUUCAGGAAUAUGUGGGUAAUAUCCAAGCUGAUCUCAAAGAAAAUCCGUCGUCUUUUUGGUCGUAUGUAAAUGCUCGUAAACGAUCCGCAGGCAUUCCAGCAGAUUUGACCUAUGGUGUUCAGAGUUCGUCCACCGAUGCUGCUUCCGCUAAACUUUUUGCUGAUUUCUUUAAAAGCGUAUUUGAGCCCAGUCAAACUCUUCCGUCGCAGCAGUAUAUCGACUAGAUACCUAGUUACAACAUCCGUUUGCCACAGUCCGACUUCAGCCUGGAUACUGUAUACAAAGCCCUCUGUGCAGUCGAUGCUUCGAAAGGACCUGGACCAGAUCGUAUACCGCCAUCUUUCGUUAAAACCUGCGCAGCAUCAUUGGCCUUGCCCGUCAUAUUUGUUUUCAACCGUUCGCUUAAGGAAGGUAUUUUUCCAGAUGCCUGGAAACUCGCGUCCAUUACACCGAUUUUCAAGUCUAAAAAUAUUCAUGUGGUUGAUAACUACCGCCCCAUCUCGAUUCUGAACUGCUUGGCCAAAGUUUUGGAAGGUCUACUACAUGACUUGGUGUACCCAGUAGUUCAACCUGCGAUAUCGAAAUUUCAGCAUGGAUUCGUGAAAAAACGCUCGACCAUAUCGAACUUAAUGGCAUUCACCAGCACCGCUACCAACACCAUCGAGAAGCGGCAUCAAGUUGAUACUAUUUAUGUUGACUUCUCCAAGGCUUUUGACAAGGUUCCACACGAUCUCGCCGUCGCAAAGCUGAGCCGACUAGGGCUUCCUUCAUGGAUAGUCACCUGGAUUGAUUCGUAUCUGUCCUCCAGAAAGGCCUUUGUCAAGAUCCGCAAUACCAAAUCCGACGUUUUUGAUAUUCCUUCGGGUGUACCACAAGGAAGCCUCUUAGGGCCUCUAAUUUUCUAUUCUAAUUCUAUUUAUAAAUGACGUGUGUGACUAUUUGUGUUCCUGCAAGCUGUUGUAUGCUGAUGACCUAAAAAUUUAUCGCAUAGUCAAAUCAGUGCUGGAUUGCUGUGUUCUUCAGUCUGAUAUUGACAGAUUGACAUCGUGGUGUCGAAUGAAUGGAAUGCAGACAAAUCCAUCAAAAUGCAAAGUCAUCACCUACACCCGAAAGCAUGAACCGAUACGGUUUGAGUACUCGAUGGACUCUGCGAUGCUGCAGAGAGUUUACUCCAUUAAGGACCUUGGAAUAACUCUAGACUAGAUAGCAAACUGAUGUUUAAUGAGCACAUUUCCAAGACCAUUGCGAAGGCCAAUUCAAUGCUUGGCUUCUUGCGCCGUAAUACCGCGUGGGGUUCCGUUACUUCCACGGUUUCUCGAAUUGUAUUUGAAUUACAGAGAAAAUGGCGAGCCAAACAACAGCUAGUUGAGAUGGCACUGCUUCCCCAUCCAGGAGCAAGAGUCCUACGGGUAGUCUAAGAACUAGCCAGGACCCGAGCCUCCGGGGAAGAGUGAACAACUUAAGGCGGUAGCCGGUGGAAUGCUUACCAUUAGAGUGUAACGCGAUGAAGGUCCGAAGGGGAGAGGGUGUAGAGAUGAAAAGUGUCUAUGCAUACCUGUCCCUGCUGCCCCUGGUGGUGUGAGUUUGUAGGGAGUGGGAUUCGAUCCAAGGCGUGCUUUAUCCAUCGCACCAGGUGCGCUCCAGCCAGGUGGUCAAUGAUACCCCCUUUUCACGG